AGAAAUCGCCCUCUUGUGAGUAAGCUAUCCCCGACGUUCCCCCACAUCCCCCAUCCACUACCACACGCAUUCAACGCAUCCCUCCUGUCGCUGACACCCUCGCACUGCGUCAGCCACGCAAACACACCCCACCCACCACACACCCGUUGACGCGAUGCAGGCCUACGAGAAGCUGAAGCAGCUGCACCAGAAGCUGUACAACCUGCAGCACCUGGCCGCACUGGCCGAAUGGGACAUGCAAACGAUGAUGCCGGUGAAGGGCGCGGAGGCGCGUGCGAACGCGCUGGCGGAGCUGCAGGCGGUGCUGCACCAGCUGAAGACGGCGCCGCACGUGGCGGUGCUGUUGGAGGAGGCGCUGGCGGUGCGCGACGAGCUGGACGAGGUGGACCGCGCGAACCUGCGCGAGAUGGCGCGGCUGCACGCGCUGGAAACGCAGCUGCCGGAGGACCUGCUGCUGCGCAAAACGCGCGUCGCAGCGCUGGCACAGCCGCUGUGGGUGCGGUGUCGCGCGGACAACGACGUGGCGACGUGGCUGCCGAUGCUGCAGCAGCUGGUGGAGCUGGGGCGUGAGGAGGGCCGCGUGCGUGCGGGGACGGCGGACCUGUCGCCGUACGACGCGCUGCUGCGCGCGAAUGAACCCGGGAUGACGGUGGCGAAGCUGGACGCGAUCUACGCGGACAUCAAGUCGUGGCUGCCGGCGCUGUACAAGGAGGUGCUCAAUAACUGCAAGGACGUGGACGCGAGCCUCGUGCCGCUGCAGACGCCGAUCGCGGAGGCGCAGCAGGUGGCGCUGGGCCGGCAGCUGAUGACGGAGGUGUGGAAAUACGACUGGGACGCGGGCCGCUACGACAAGGCGCCGCACCCGUUUGGCGGGAUGGUGAAGGAGGACGUGCGCAUGACGUACUACUGGACCCCGGAGAACUACACCAGGUGCAUGCUGGCGACGAUCCACGAGACGGGCCACGCCAAGUACGAACAGGGCUGCGGUCCGCGCGAGAUGCUGGGGCAGCCGGUGUGCAUGGCGCGCUCCGGCGGCAUCCACGAAACGCAGUCGCUGCUGGCGGAGCGCAUGAUCGGUAAGUCGGCCGCCUUCGCGGAGUACGUAACGCCGCUGCUGGAGCUCCACCUGGGUGCGCAGCCCGGGCUGACGGUGGAGAACGUGCGCAAGCUGAACCAGCUGGUCAAGCCGAGCUACAUCCGCACGCUUGCCGACGAGCUGGGCAACCCCCUGCACGUCAUCCUGCGCUACGAGAUCGAGCGCGACCUGAUCGACGGGCGGCUGGAGGCGGCCGACGUGCCGCGCGUGUGGAACGACAAGAUGAAGGAUUACAUCGGGCUGGAGACGCUGGGCCGCGACGACAUCGGCUGCCUGCAGGACAUCCACUGGGCCGGCUGCGGGUGGGCCUGCUUCCCCGCCUACUCCAUCGGUGCCAUUGGUGCGGCGCAGCUCAUGGCGACGAUCCGGCAGCAGCUGGGCGACGACGUGGUGACGCAGUGCAUCCGCACCGGCCACAUCGACCCCAUCCUGGCGAAGCAGAAGGAGCUGAUCUGGGACAAGGGCUGCCUGUACGAGACGGACGAGCUGCUGACGAAGGCCACAGGCGAGCCCCUCAACGCGCGUCAUCUGCGCGAGCACCUGGAGCGGCGCUACCUGCGCAACGAGGACUGCUGA